CCGCGAGACACUAUGGCGCGGACACCGAUUUGGAUUGUUUACUUUAUGACGUAGUCGGAAACUUUCGCGUGUAUUUUGCAGCAUUUUUCGCGUAUAAUUGGAGUAAUUUCGUAAAACAGACGAUAGAAUUGAACUCGCGAAAGUUUGCUUCAAAGAAAAUCUAUUAUUAAUGUUAAAUUUCAUCAUCUGAACAUGUGCGAUAAAAAAGAAAGAUGGCGUCGGAAUGAUGGUAUGACAACUUUUGGAUGGAAGAGGAAAAUCGGUCAGAAGGUGUCGAGAGAAGCAUCGGAUGCAUUCAGCAAUAAUGCAAAGGAGGAUGACCAACUCGCUCACAAUCCAGACGAUCAUAACGUCCAAAAUUUCAAGAGAAGAAAGAUGUCUCUGUUAGAAGAAUGCAAAAGUAAAAGUCUGAGAUUAAAAAAUGAAGGAGAAAUGUUGGCAGAAAACGAAAGAUACUGGGAAGCGAUCAAGAAAUGGGACAAAGCAAUACAGUUAACGCCGACUGAUGAAAAGUUAUACGAAAUGAAGGCUCAAGUGCUGAUGCAGCUGAAUGAAGUGUUUCCUGCUGUACAAGCUGCCGAAAAAGCAGUGGAAUUUAAUCCUAGGUGGUGGGUUGGUUACCAAACUCUCGGUCGAACUCAGUUAGGAAUCGGAGAAAUAAAACUGGCAAUCAAAAGUUUUUCAAGAGCGUUACACAUAAAUCCUUUGGAAAAAGAAUUGUGGGAGGAAGACUUGAAAUGGGCGUUAGCGUUAUGGGAUCAGAAAACGAAACAGGAAUCGGAAAUAAAUGACGAAAAGGAAACUCAAAAGACCUCCGACGUGACCUAGUAUUGUUUUUACUUGAUACCUGUACAGAUUUUCAUGUGUUAAAAGUUUAAUUAUGUGUUUGUGUAUAUUGUUUUAGUUUAUAAAUUAUAAUAGAUUUGAA